CUGAUCCGAAAAUAGCCUGAAGCCCAAACACUCCAAUAAACCCCAACAAAUAGCAUUUGUCCUAAGUACUACGGUCAGUAGCAAUGAAAACACGCAAUAAUCGUUAGUUUUAUUAAUGAAAAGUGAUCGUAUCGAUAGUGACGUAGCGAGUAUAUUCAUCGAUAUUUCUAUGAGUUAACCGGGUGCUCAUAGAUUAGUGAAUCAAUCGAGGAUAACCUGUCCUCUCGAUUAUCUUGUUUGAGAUUUUUCUCCUUUUUCCUUCAUUGCAAGUGUUGAGUGUCACUUUUGGAACACAUCUGGACCAAUGAAACGAGAAAGCAACACUUGAAUAACGAAAAGUGUUAUGAUGCUACAGAAUGCACUAUUUUUAUGCCGUUGUACUGACGAUCUUAGGAUUGGUCAAUAAACUUUAUUGUGUUGAAACCCUUCCAAAUGUUACAAUUCAAAAUCUAUGGCCUACCAGUGCCAGAGCCAAACUAGAAAUAUUUCCUCAAUUUGUCACGGGUAUCGAACCAAAACUCAUACUCCGUGGGAACAAUGAGUCCCUAAAUAUGACAUGCACAGCGGUAUACCAUAAUCCCGAUAAAAAUGACAUAUCACUCAGCUACGAUGUUGAUUGGAAAGUGCCUUCUCAUGUUAAAGAUAAUCCCUCUAGUAAAAUAAUUUCAGGCCAGAAUAAAAAUAUAGCCUGGCUGUGGUUCGAGCGCUUGUCAGAAUACGAUGCUGGGAAUUAUAUUUGCAAUGCAGUCAGUACGAGCAAAUCUGUCGUUCCACCGUUCAUGUCCAGUGAAAUUCGCCUGUCUGUGAAGAGUAGUAAGAACAAACCUACAUUCUGCGGAAAACAAUGGUUUAAAUGUCACUUAUCAACUCACUGCAUCAUGCAAAGAUAUGUGUGUGAUGGAAAAGCAGACUGUGACCAAGGAGAGGAUGAGAAUCCAGAUGCGUGUGGUCCGAACCCUUGUUUCGGAAAAGUGCAUUGCGAGGGUCGUUGUAUACCUCCCGAAUGGUGCUGUGAUUAUCGUAAUUGCAAUGGAACAUAUGGCCUAAGGCCAUGGCCACCAGAACCCCACGAGAUAAGUUACGUUCAAACCGCAUUCUACACAGUCAUCGAAAACUCUUGGUUUGUUGUAGGCUGUGCGAUGGCAUUCAUGUUCAUUGUUACGAUACUGGUAAUAGCCAUAUGUAGGGUACAAAUUAAGCGAGCUAUGAACUCCAGAUGGACACAGCAAAAUCGUACUAAUUGCACUAGACGACGUACAGUGCCAAUUGGCAUGCCUAUGUACGAUUUAGACGUUUAUCUGAAUCGUGCUGCGGAUAAUUAUCCCAGAGGAGUCAGUAUAAUGUACAAUAUCAACAGCGGUGUACAAUUUGUGGGCCGUCCGAUGGAACCGCCCCCUUACUCUGAGGUAAUAGCCUCGCCUCCUCGAGAAGGCCCUCCACCUCCUUAUGUAUCCUGUGAGAAUCUCAUUGAGCAAACAACGACAAUUGGAGUUGCCUCUGAAAGUACAACGGCAAGUCAGUCUGAAUCAACAGAAGCCCCCACUUGUGGGACAAUACCCCCACAAGUGAGCAAUGAUCUCAGGGAUGAAUCAUCAGGCUUUUCUGGAAUGGUUAUAACAUCUAGGAGUAUACCUGGGCCUCAAGUACCCACACUAUCCCACAUAUCAACUAAUUCAGCGGCAGCUGAUUUAGACAGCAGACCUAGACUUGCACUUCCUCAAUCGUUCGAUCUUGAAUACGUGGAGACUGACGCGUUGUUAUCAGAAAAUUCAAACAUAACGAUUACGAGUCCUAAAGAAACUCUGUGGAAGUCUUAUGGGCGACCCGGUGGAGCCAAAACCCGAUGGCAGGAUCAAAGUCCUGAUAAACGGUGGUUUAAUCGUAAAUCCGGAAAGAGUGCUGAGAGUUCUCCUUUGAAAAAUAAGGAUUUAUCUCUUGCUGAUGCUGAGAAUGAAGGAGUCUUUCUGGAUACAGAUCAGCACGAGGUCAGGAUAGACUUAUGUCAGGAGCAAGGACCAAGCACGUCUGCUCACGAUAACGAGCAAACAUCAAUUUCAAGGGGGAGCCAUGUUGCCAAUAAGAAAGCCAAUGAGUCUAGGGAAGAUGUGGGUUUUUCUGGAGUUAACAAUCCCUCGGGAUUAGUGACACGUUCUCUAGCUUUUCCUUGUCAACCUAGUCAACAUCAGAACACAAUUACCGAUACGCAUACACAAAAAAACGAGUCUUCCACGAGUGUUUCUACCGCGUUACUCCCAUCUAGUGAUCACCAGACUGAAACUAAUGGCCAAAUGUCGGCUAGUGAACCCUUAGUUCUGCCAUUGCGUGAAUCUUUCAUUGGAGUGCAGAAGAACAGUUAGUCGAUAGUGAUUAAUCGACUUCCACUUACUAAAUUAGUUUCAAUCAUGCUUCCAGUUUUGUUUGACAGAUCUAUCGUGCUUCGUGGUUAAUGUACAUAUUAUGUAGGAUAUUUGUAUGAGAAUAUUGCGGAUUAGUGCAUUUUGAGUACUAUUGUAUUCCAAAUGUUUAUUUUUACUGUUAAAUGUUUCGAUGGAUUAUCCUCGCUUGCCAAUACUCCAAAAUUAUUGUAUUUUCGUACUUAUGGGUAUUUGGAGCACUGCACGUUUCUCAUCGUUUUUUGAAUUAUCGGAGUGUUCGGAGAUUUGUUGAUGGGACCAAUAUUGUUUCUAUUAUUUUUUCGAUUUAUUAACAUUGAAUUCAUGUAUAUCAAUAGUAUCAUGAAGGAGUAACAAAGAAAACCCACCGUUCUGCAUAGGAUGCGCAGUCUUCUGAAUAAUUUGAUUGUCAGAUUUCGAUAACGUUAUCGGUACGAUUAAAAUCUUAUUAGUAUCCUCUUCCAGGGCUCGGGAUAAGAAUUAUACACUUGUUUUAACGUGCUUCCAAAGAUUACCUAAUGGACGACUUGUUUCUUUGAAUUAUAGAGGAUCGCUUGGUUCAUCGUGGAGUGAUGAUAGAUAAUCUUAAAUUUCAUAUUAAUUAUGAUAGACAAUAACGUUGACCACCUCGUUUUGUUUUCAAUUGAAUAAUUCAAUAUUUUUAUCGUUUCUGUUUUAAUCUCAGAGUUGAUGAUUAGAAGAUUUCAUAUCAAAUUGUAUACACGUGUCACGGUAAAAAAUUUCAUCGGCGUUUUAAUUUUUGAUUGGGUUUUAAUGAGAUAUUCGAUGAAUUGCAAUGGAUAGAUCUUAUGAAAUUCUACAAUCAUAUAUUUUUAAUAUACCUGCACCCAAAUUCAAUUGAAUUGAUGACGCACCAAGGGUUAUAAAUUGAUAAAACAGAUAUAUAUUUUUAAAAUUUCCGCAGAAUUUUAGAGUGCAGAUGUAUUGCAGAUGGCCUAACAUUCCGAUUGGGCUUAUAAUUACUGGUUACUUAAGAGCACACUCGAUUAUACACGAGUUAUCAAUUGUCUCGAAUCGUUGAAAAAUACUAUGUAUUUUAAUUAUGUUCAUUGUAAAUUGAAAAUUAAGAAAAAAUACACGAACUAUGAGAAUAUUCAA